AUGAAUGGAAAAAUAAUGUAUUUUAUUUUAUUAAUGACUUUUAUAUUUAUCAAUUUUAUUUGGACAAAUUGCGCUUUAAGUUAUAUGUGUAUCUUUGAUGAAUAUUUAGAUAAUAAGUUCAGAGCAAAUAGAGAAUUAUAUUCAAGAACUAAUAUAUUAUUAUCAGAAAUUGAGAAGGAAGAAAACAAUGUAAGAUUAAAGGGUAUGUUAAUUAGAAAUCAACAUCGCAAUAUAGAAAAUGAAGGUGAUAAUGUUGAAUCAGGAAACGAUGGAAAAGUAGAACAUAAGGAUAAAGAUAGAUCGAGAACAGUAGCCAAAAAUUUAGUUAUGAAAUGUGAAUCCUUUAUGUGUAAAACCUUUUAUGUGAUAGGUAAUCUUUUUGAAAAGAUACUACAUAUUGAACAUAAUCUUAUAGAUAAAUGCAUGAAAUUCUCAGAUUCAGCUCUGAAAAAACGUUUAAAUUUUUCAUCUUGUAUUAGUACUGCUUUAGCAUUUAUUUUACCAGGUGUAGUUUUUUUAACUGCAAUUAUAUUAUCAAUUCUAGCUAUUUAUUAUUAUGACAGUAUAAGUAGUAUGCAAAUUGGUGGACUUUUGUUUAUUUAUUUAUUGGUACUUUUGAUGGUACAUGUGUAUUUGUAUUAUCGUUAG